AUGUUGCUAACUGGUUGUUUGGUAAUCGGAGAGAGCGAUAUCUCUGAAAUGUGUUCUAUCAAAUCUGAGGAGGACUCCUCAGAGAUGGAGGACAUGGACAUCUCCGAGACAAACUGGUGCUGGUUCUACCUGGCUGAAUGUGGAGUGUGGCAUAUGUUUGAGAUUGAUCCCAGUGCUGCAUGUUCUGUGACAAGUGCUCAAAUUGAGCAGUGUUACAACAGAAACCAGCGUGGAGUGAUGGAGUUUUACACCGCCAAGUAUACCUACAGACUGGAUUUUUCAGUUAUGAGACAAAUAAAUGUCACCACUGGGAAGCAAAGACCUAUCAAGCGUUCCCUUCAGUCUGCAACUGGAUUUAGGUUCAUCUGUGACAAUCUUGCGCUGCCUGUUCCCUGUCACUGGGAACGGAUUAACACUGAUGAGCCAUUUCAGCUCAUUCAACUCGGGCGAGACACAUAUGAAUUUAAAGAAGUAGCUCGCCUUUAUGACCGAACCAUGGACCAUCCUAUCAAAUCUGUACAAAGAAUACAAAACCUUGACUUAUGGGAAUUUUUCUGCAGAAAAAAGACACAGUUGCGUAAAAUAAAACGGACUCUGGAUAUAGAGGAGCGAAUGCUGUUUCAUGGUACAGGACACAGUAAUGUACAAGCAAUAUGCACGUUUAAUUUUGACUGGCGACUAACAGGAAGUCAUGGAGAUGUUUAUGGUAAAGGAAGUUACUUUGCCAGAGAUGCCAAAUACUCCAGCAAAUUUUGCCACACCACAAACAAACACAAUACCACCUUACAGAGACAUGGACUCACUCCACCAAUAUUUGCCAGCGAGCCUCCUUACAAGACUAUGUUUCUGGCAAGGGUACUCGUCGGGGAAUUUACCAUUGGACGUCCUAUGUACUGCAGACCCCCUUCUAAGGAUGCAAGCUUCAUCAACUUCUAUGACAGCUGUGUGGAUGACCUGGCCAAUCCAAAGAUAUUUGUCAUAUUUGACAGUAAUCAAAUAUACCCAGAGUAUAUCAUUGAAUUCUACUAA